AUGGCGGCCAACCACCACCUCCGCCGCCUCACCUCCGUGUCCAGCCCCGCUCUCUCCCGCCUCUCCAAGCCCCCUGCCUCGCCGCUCCUCCGCCCCACGUUCUCCAGCUCCGCUUUCCUAGCCGAUCAGUCGGCGGCGGCGGCGGGCGCCGCUGCAGCCGAGAAGGGCGAGGCCCGGAGUGCCAUGAAGGAGGCGGACGAGCCACAAUCCGGUGAUGCCGGCGCGAGGAAGGUGGAGGAGGAGGAGGAUGACAGCGGCCUGGACCUCCUCCUCUGCCCCGGCCUUCCCCACCGUUGCGUCCUCCUCCUCGCCGCCGCACGCCGGGGGCGCGCCUCCACAUUUGAUGCUGUCGGGAUCCUCGUCGCCAUCCUGCUCACCGCGCAUCGCUGUUUGGUUCGGCUGCCCGCAAGAUGCAGAGGAGGGGAUGGCGACCUCGCCCUCCGCUUGCUCGCUGCCGUGGCCGAGACACACCACCGCAUGGCCGGGGCUUCCUCGACAUCGUCAUCGGCCCGGACGCUUCCUCGCUAG